CAGUCGUUUUCUAUCACUAUAAAUAUCUUAUUGUGAGUUAAAGGUGUUUAAAUAAUAUCUAUUAAACAUGAUAGUGUGAUGCAUUUAGAUUUAAGUAACGGUUAGUUUUUACUUGGAUUGAUAAAGGACUUUUACAGCAUUGGAUAAUUGUAUACCUAAAAUGAUAGAUGGUCAUUGCUGAAAAAAAGACAAAAACCCCAACUAAUCUUUCACCAGAAGAAACAGCUUUCAUACUGAAAAGAAACAGGAAAGACUCAUCCUCCAAGCGUAGGAUUGCAUUGCAGAAAUUAAAUUGUACCUAUUAAACUGAUAAAUCUACUGGUCUUUAAAAAAAAUCUUAAUCAUUUUCUUAUAAUUGACCUUGCAAAUGGGGCAGUGGAAUUUCUGACGUCAGAAAAUAUCAUGUUUAAAGUUCAUGAACAAAUAUAAUUAUAACUGAACAUUUAACCAUUUAAAAGGAUUUCAAUAGAUCGAUUGAACCAACCAUUUUUCAUAUAUAUCUACCUUUAUAUAUUGUUACAAAAGAAGGACAUUUAAUGAGACUUUUGACAAAUUUACACAUGCGCAAUGAAGUCUGAUAAAAGAUUUGCAGACCCUUUACAAUCAGUUUCAAAUAAAACGUUCAGCAGUCAACAGCAAAAUCAAAAUGGUCUUAACAUAAAACGCUAUCGAUCAGCAAAUCCCAGGAUUAGAAGAGCAAGUGCCAUUUCAUAUGAUAUAGGAACAAUUCAAGAGGAAUGCUUAAAUACAAAAACUUAUGAUAGUUUCCGAAGAAUGAGCGCUCCUGAACUACCACCAAUUUUAGAUUCAAGGAAAUAUUCUAACACUCAAAUCAACAUGGGAAACGGUAAUGAAUAUUUCAGAACUCGAAGUAAUAAAAUGAGUAACAAUAGUGACUCUUCGCAGAAAGGAGUUCAUAUAAGACGUUCCCCUCUUAGUGCCGGUUCGUCUUCAUCGUCUGCACGGAAUUCAGCAAAUGCUUCACGGUCGAAAUUAUAUAUUACAACUCCGGAACAGACAACGACUACAAUUCCGGAGGGAAUUAAAUUGGAUGCUAUUAAGCAGAAAAAUGGAAUUUCCGUUGGAACACCACGUUCAGUAGUGACGAAUGGUUUUCGGACUACUCGAUUGCCUUCUAAAGAUAUGUCAACAUCUAGUGGCAAUAACAACACAAAAUCUGUACAAAGUAAAUUUUAUCAUUGUGCAAGUGAACCAAGAAUUCAACCAAUUGAAAAUUUUAUGGGAAGUAAAGGAAAACCAACGAUGAAAAGAAAUUAUUCAGACAAUAAACUCGGACAAAACAAAAAAUUAAUUUCUAUAGAGAAAACACAAAAUUUGACUCAGAAUAAUAACAAAUACAAUUCUGGAAAUGUGAACGGUAUGAGGCGGUACUCUUCAACGGUGCAGUUAAAUAGUAUUGUGAGAAAUAAACAAGAAAAUCAAGACGAUGAGGAUGAUGAUGAUACGGACUCAGAAUCUGGAAAAGACCAGAUGAUUAUCGAAUGGCUGAUUGGGGUUGAAAAAGAGGAAGUCGAAAUUCCUCCAGAUCCUUUAAUAGAGUACGCCGAAACACCGGUGCAAACUGACACAGCUAUUCAUAUUGUAUAUUCGGAAUCAUAGCCAUUCGGAAGUGUGUUCUUUUUUUUUGUAUUAUAUACAGUGUAAGUUUGACGCAUUUAUAACGUUAAUUGUUGUACUUUUGUUAUCAAUUGUUUCUUGUUGUGCUGGCAUCGCAACAGAUUGGAACAGAUAUAUAUAUAUAUACAUUUACAUGCUUUUCUGUGAUAUGUACGUAUGGUGAGCGAAUGGUUAAAUAGUAAAACAGGCACAAGGAAUAAGAAAUAAGAAAAUAAGAAAUAUGUACAAUAACCUUUGGCAUAACGAUUAUAAUCAUACAUUUUCUUAUAACUUCCUCUAAAGCAUAGAACAAUGUCAAAAACAUGUAUGUCCAGAAUAUGUGAAGUUUUAAACAUAUUAAUGUAAUUUUAUGGUUUCUAAAAUAUUGAAAUCGCAGACAUAUUAGCCAAUGAUCUACUAAGAAAAUUUGAAGACUUAAAAGUUUGAAAAAUUAUGUUCUUAAUUAAAAUAAAAAUACCAUACAUAAAACUAUUACAUAUAAUCAUAAAAAUCAUACAUUCGCCCGCUCAGAAUUUAUGUUUAAGUUAAGCACUGAUGCAGGUGAAUCCCAAAAGCGUUUUAAACAUAUGCAAUUUUUUAUAUAUCACUAGUAGGCACAUUCAUCUAAUUUUUGUCACUAAUUCAAGAGUUUGAAAUUGAUAUUAACAUAUCGAUAAGAAAGAUAGUAGUAAACUUUAUGAAAAAAUCUUUAGGACUAUUCAUAUUUUCAAAUACCGUUUCUGACCCAUUUCGCACAGAUGUAAAAAUCUUCAAUUUUAAUAACUAUCCUUUUAAAUCGAUAAAGUAUUCAGAUAUUGUAUUUGAUAAAUCUUUACGUUAGUUGGUCUUAUUUUCAAACAAGAAAAAGUCCCAACCUUAUGUUCAGAUGUUUAAAUAACGGUAAAUUAUGAACGAGUAAUUUUGCUUUAUCAUAUCAGGAUUUUAAACGAAAGAUAUUGUUUGUCAACAGUCGGUUUAAAAGAGAUACCAACACCCGAUAUUUUACGACAUUGUUCAAUGUUUAUGGCUUUUUUUCUGUAUAAAGUCUCACAUCACCUUGAAGUCUCACGUCACCUUGAAAACUGUUCUGCUUUUAUGACAGACAUUGCUGUGAAUAUUGAAAAUCGAUAGAAAUAACAUGCAGUUUCCUCAUGCUGCUGAUUUGAUUAAUUUAAUUUAUUUGUAAGUUCUUUGGAACCUUUAUUUAUAUUCAAAUUUCAAAUUCAAUAGUUUAUGUACGUCUCACCUUAUGCAUAAAAUUACACAAUACAAUUAUAAAAGAUAUAUUUUUUAACAGAUUUAUGAGAGACAUAUAAAUUUAAAAAAAAUAUAUACAAGUUUCUACAUUUAGAUAAUACUCUUAAACAAUUUUGGUUUUAAAGAAUCUUAGAUUUUCGCUCUCACUUAAUUAAAAAAAAAAACAUUUAUCUUUAUUUGUGGGAAUUAUAAAUCUCGCUGAUUAUAUAUGCAGAUUUUUCACUAGCACGCCCCCACGGUAAAUUCCGCAUGGAAUUAUCUUUUUUUUUAAAUAGACAAAAUUAUCACAUACUGUCCAUUUGAUCUCUUACUUAUUUGAACAAUACUGCGAUUAAAAUUAACAAUAUUUAUUUAAAUAAUGGGAUAUGAGAUUCAAAUGUCCCCCGCAAUGCAACAAAAUUUUUAAAUCUCUUUUAUAAUCCUUCAUUGGUUUAAACGAUAAUAGGAAAUGGAUGAUUUGGACAUUGUAAGCAGAAUAAAAACUUCAAGAUUUUAAUUUGAUAUCAUUGUUGUCCAAUCAUCUUUCGAAAUCAUGGAAUUAAGGAUCAAGAAGUAUUCCUUACGUCCACCGGCUAAAUGAAAUAAAGAAGGGGGGUCUUAUCACUGUUAAGAAAUGAGCGCUUUGGUUCAUUUUUUGAAUACAUUGCAGAAAAAUGUGAAAGUAUUUCAUUCCAGGAUAUCGGUAUUUCUUUAGAUUGUUAUACUACAAUGCAUACAUGUAGUUGCGAUAAAAAUUGUGUUUUGGACAUCAAAGAUAAAUAGAAAACCCGAAUUUUUUACGUUUAGAUACAUUCCCACAUUUUUUGUAAUUGACGCGUGCGAUUUAAUAUUCAAACGUAACUGCUACAUUCGUCAUGCAAUUUACUUAAAGUAGAAGUUUAUUUUUGGUUCUUUUGCUAUAUACAGCACUUUAGCUUAUAAUUAAUUACUGUAAACAUCAAUAACAUAUAAAUAUUAUAUUUCUAAUAUCCUAAACAGAAAAAUGAUCAAAGCAACCAAAAAGUUAAUGAACUGUUGAGAUGUAUGUGAAUCUUUUUCAACGAACUUUGAUAUGUUUUAUGCAAAUAUAUCGAUUUAGCGUAAUUUAUUUGUUAUUUUGAUAAUUUAGCAACAUGGAUAAAAGCUAACAGUUAUAUAUAUAUUUGGCAGUUGGCAAACUUCUGUUUCCUGAAACCUGAAAUGAUCUUUCAUGUAACUUGUUAUGAUUACAAAUAAGACUAUUGUGCGUGUGUGUGUAUGUGAGUUUUUGAGUCAUGUGACGUGGCCCGAAAAGGGCGAAAUGAUGUCUUUCAAUAUUUAUUAUACUUUCGUUCAUUUUACCUUCGUAUUCAAUACUUCAUUUUUCAUUUAAUAUGGCAAUAUCAAGCAAUAGCAGACUUGUGAGACUUAUCUUAUAACCCCGAACUUGCGUUUUAGGGGGCAUAACUCUCUAUAGUUUGUAAGCAAUAUCAAGUUAAUCUACUUCUACUAGUGUGUUUUUUCUGCUAAACAUAGACAUUCUUUCAAUUUUUCAGUAGAAUUAUUUUAAUAUAUAUUCGUUUUGAAUUUUAAAGGAAUUUGUUCUCUUUUGAGGAUGUAAUUGGCGGGAUCGCCAGCAAAAGAUUUCAACUUCCGGUUGUCGUUUCAAUGUUAUGAGCUGGAAUAAAUUGCCAGUUGAUGAUUCCAAAUGUGCCAAGUUUGAAAUGUUGGGGUUCCAUUAUAAAUUUUGCCUUGAAAAUAGUUAGCUCGAAAAUUACUAAUAUUUAAAUUUUUCACUUCGAGGAACCCCCAACUAAGUGUGUCGGAUCGUAGAUUGUUUCAUACAGAACUAACAGAUGAAGUAUAAGUAUUUGUCUCUAAAACAUUUCGAAUUUUUCAGUUUAGAGAAAAAUCUUCAUAAUUAGUAUGUUUUAUUCAUUGUAUUAAGAUUGUGUUUGAAUGUUCCUAUAUGGUGCUAUUUUCUCUUAUCUGUGAUUGCAUUGCAUUCUCCGAAAUAAAGGACAUGUUUUCCGUUGUCGAUUCGGAUUUCGUGUAACCGCUGUUUCGGAGAAAAGUGAUAUAAGGAAGAGCGUGCUUCUCGACACUUGUAACUUGAUAAUGUUUUGUUUAAUUACUUAUGUCGAGAAUCAGGAAAAUGUUUGUUAAUUUUGCAAUUUUUUGUUGUAAACUUAUUUAUAGUUAAAAAUCAAAAACUAAAUCAAAAUAUAUGUUACCUGUAAACAAGUUUUCACAGGAGUGCAUUUAGGAAGCCAGAUUGGCAUAGGAGAAACCAUUCACUAUUUAUUUAAUAGAUGUGAAAUUUAUCACUCAAAAUAUAUUUAAUUUCAUUAAUUCAUAACUCCCAUGACAAGGGAAUUUUAUUCCAGGAGAUAAUAUUUAUCUAGUCAUUUGAAAACAUAAAUCCUUGAAGUAGAAGUUACUUGCUAAUUAUAAUAGACAAAAAAUCGUCAAGAAAAUAAGACCAAAAUUCCAUACGUUUGUGUAUGUUAUUUUUUCUUUUAAAGCAUAAGUUAACGAAUUUCGUAUAACAUGAAAAGUAUUUACUUUCCGCUUCCUAAUUAGAUUUUUUUGAAAAUUAGUGCUAUUUUUAGAGUUGAGCUUUGUGAAAGCUUGUACAAAGACUGCUCAAUUGAAUCCGUCCUGAGCCUUCUGUUAUUAUACGAAAACUGAAUAAAAUGUUAAAAACUUAA